CUUCUUCUUCUUCUUCAUCUCUCUCUCUCUCUCUCUCUCUCUCUCUCUCUCUCUCUCUAAAAGAAGCCAUUUUCUUUUUCCUUCUUCAGCCAAGAAAAACCAUCUAAGGUUUGUCUAGAUACCAUCCAUCUUUUUUGAUCAAAUCGAUCUUCAGUUUCUUAUUCUUCCUCUUUCUUCUUGGUCCUAAAGUUUGUGGAUUUAGUUAUUCUUCUUCCUACUUCUUGAUCUCUCUUUUUUUUUCUCCCAAUUUCAAGAUCCAAAUCUAGAUUUCUACGAGAUGGGAGGAGGAGUCAUUAGAUUUGGCUAAGGUGGAUGAUAAAGAUCUGGUGUUAUGCAGAAGUAUUUGGGAAACGAAGAGGCAAAUAGUAACAGUGGAAGAAUCAAAUGUUCUUAUCCACUGAGAACCCACCAAAUGACCCACUUUUUUCUUCUUCUUCUUCUCAUUUCCUACAUCUCACCACUUCUUCCCAUGAGUUAGGUCAAUCCCAUCUCUCCAAUUUCUCCAUCAGAGAUUACGCAUAUAGUAACAGGAAGAACAACAUCAAGAACAAUUGGCCAUUUUCACCAAAAAGUCUUCACCUUUUUUCAACUCAUGGCGUAACUGAUCCUUUGCCACCGUUUCAGAGAUUUUCUACUGUAAGUAAUCAGUUUGAGAACACGGCUAGUUCAUCGUCUGGGAAGCAAAUUGUAUCCUAUGUUCAUCAAGGAAGAGACUUGGCUAAACUUGGGUUAAAUCAGUCCUUAGCAGAGACUAGUAAAGGAGGUUGUAGCCAAUCAAGAAUCAUUGAGAAUGGUUUGUUUCCGAGUACCAGUAUUUCCAAGUCUGCAGUAGAGAUAGUAGUAGCUACUACAAGUAACAAGAGCAAUCACCACAGUAGAAAGUGUGGAAGAGGGAUGGUGAAAUCUAAAGAAGAUAGUUGCGGCGGCGGUCUUGUGACGACUUCUGAAUCUACAAUGGCUUCAAAGAUAUGUCCUAUUUGCAAAACCUUCUCAUCAGCUUCCAACACUACUUUGAAUGCUCACAUUGAUCAGUGUUUGUCUGUUGACUCAGCAAUGCCACCGGUUGUUGACUCAGCACAGCCACCGGUUGUUAGUAGUAAGCCAAGCAAGCCUAGGAGUAAGCCACGGGUGAAAGUUAAAACAAUGGUUGAUAUCUACGCUUCUGCGAAAGAAGGCACAUUAGAAGAUCUUGAUAAAAGAAAUGGAACAAAGUGGGUGUCGAUUUUAAGUUGCACUAAUCGGGUUGUUGGUGAUAAGUCUGAAGUCUCUAAGAAGCGGAAAGUUUCGCCUGUUGGAGUUGGUCCGGUUUAUAUCGAUGCCAAGGGCCAAAAAUUGCGGAUUUUAUCAGAGUUCAGCGAGAAAAAGACUUGUUGUACUGUGUCCAGAGAGCAGCACGACAAUGGUAGUAGUGAAAACAAUCCUUUCAGCCAAGGUAGUAAUGGAAACCAUAAAUGCUUGAGGAAAAAUCGUCGAGGAAGGAAACCUCACAAGUAUGUUAAACUAAUUAAUCAAAAAGGCAAUACCUCAGAGCAGAUACCGGAGUAUCAAAGAGGGUUUUCUGGAGAAGGUAGUAGCACGGGUCAUCGUAGAAUCUAUAAUCAGCGGAUGCUAACAAAACAUGGUCUGAUUUCGAAGAAGCUAAAAGAAGAAGGACAUAAAUCUUAUAGUUUGCGGGAUCAGCCGUCUGAAGAUGAUGAUGUUACAUGGUCAGGAGGAGAUCCUAUUUUGUCGAGAGGUACUGAUUUGUCUGCCACAAACUCUUAUGCUUUGAAUAAACAGAAGCUGGGGAGCGAAAUUGCUAGAAAGAAUAAGACUUUAGUUAAGAGUAAAAGAGUUCAAAGUCGUUCAUUGAGAGUCCGGAGGAGUGAAAAUGAGGAGGGAUCACUUGAGGGAGUUCAUGUAAACACUCUCCGAGUGAAAAAGACUCUUCCUUUGAUUCAAAAAGAUAAGUUUCCACCUGCAAAGAAUUUCUGCUCAAAUGCCUUACAAGUAUCAGAUGCAUCUCCUCGUGCGACUAGCAUGAGAAAGUUGUCCUCACCAUUUGUACCAAAUGCCUGGAGGCGACUAUCUAUGCCUGUAGAGCUAAACAAAGCUCGGUUGGAUUUCUCAGAGGAAGAAGAUGAAGAAGAAUUAGGGAAAUGGGAAUCUGAAAUGACUCAAGAACGUGAGCUGUCAGAUGAUGAUUACAUUUCUGGUGAUAAGGGAGAAAAAGAUGAGGUCUUACUGAGAUCAAAUCCUUCAUCUAGUGGUUACGAUGAUUAUAAUGAUGACGACGAAGAAAAUAGUGAAGAGGAAGAAGAUUUUAACCAAAGAACUCAUGAGUUGGAAAAAACCGAUGAUACAGGUGCUGAGUUCGACCAGACAGACAGUCCACCAUCUAAUGAAGGCAUACCUAGCGACCGAGCAAUGUAUUACUCCAAGGAAGUUGGGAAUAUGAUGUACGGGCAAACCUCUUACAAGGAGGAUGUGAGGUUUGGUUCUGAAGUGGGACAAGGAAGCUUAUUUGUAGAGGUUGAUACUAUUCCCAUUCCAGGACCUCCAGGAUCAUUUUUACCAAGUCCUCGGGAUAUGGGUUUUGAUGAGAAUCUUGGGAACUCGUCGGUUAUCACAAGCCAAAUCCAAUCUUCCAUGGAUCAGCGUGACAGAAACUCAUCUGAAUCACCUGUUUCUGCAGUUUCAAACUUUGCACCUGGUAGAUUAAACUUUCCCGCGGAGUUAUCUUCUUCAAUCCAAGAACGUUUCUCCCCAGAUAUUCCUCUGUCCUCCUACUCAACAACCCCAGUGAGCUUUUGUGUUCCAUCUCAUCAUGGGACAAGCGCGGAAGUUGAGCCAAUGACCGUUGACAAUACAACGACGCCUUCAGGAUAUAGAAACAGUGAUCAUGAGUCUUGUUGUUGCCAAAGAAAAGAAAGAAUCCACGAGGGCAUUACUUUCAAUCAUCAAGCAUCUCAUCUACUGCAGCGAAGAGCAGCUUCUUCGUCAAUUGCCAUGAGCUUAAGAAAGUCACCAACACGUGUCGAUCCAAACCACCCAUUUGUGCAUCCAUACAAGAUCCAACAAGAUUUGGAUCUUCAGAGUAAGUUGUCCAGCAGAACGAAUCUCAACGCUGCUGUACCUCCAAGUCCUUCUAACCCAGUUUUACGGUUAAUGGGAAAAGACUUGAUGGUCAUGAACCAAGGAGAAGCAGAUGAAGGUGCAUCACAGUCUAGCUUAACACCAACUCCUCAGUUUCUUGAUCCUCCUUGCACUGGAACGGGCUUAUACUUCAACGCAGGUCCCUAUAUAACAAACAAUUUCGAGUCAACACAUCAAGCCCAAGCACAAGCUUCAGCAUUCAGAAACAAUUUUGAUCAUGUAAGGUACUUUUCUCCGAGCUAGUCACCCUAAAGUUUCGACCUUCAAUGCAGAAGCAACCGAGAAGUGGAUUCUCUUACGAAAACCGAUCAUCGAACACAGGUGCAUUGGGUUUCUUAUGUAGAUUUUCCUAAUGUCCUAGGGCAUUUUCUGUGGUUCCAUCUCUUUCUGCAGAGACUUUGUGUAGUUUACUGUUUACGAAAAGAAAAACAAACACUUGAAAAUAACAAACACUCUGUAGAAGAUAAGUAACUUUAAGGCUUUCAUUGCCACACUAAAGUUGUCUAAAGUUAUAAACUUAUAGUUUAUCUUUAACU